AACUUCCACAAGAUGCCAAAGUUGGGUGAGGAUUGAACUUCCACAACCCACAGCCAACUCCCUAUAAAUGUCCACCUUUACCUCAAAUUCCUAAAGUUUUUAGUUCCAACUUUCUCUACCCUCAAAAAUUCAGUAACAAACACUCAAUUCAAAUGGGUGAGAACAACGUCGAUGUAAAAAAAGAAGCCAAUGAAAAGAAGAUCGUUGAUGCCGAUAACACAAAGAAAGUUGACGAAGGGCCAAUCACUAUCGUUCUAAAGCUCGAUUUGCAUUGUGCCGGAUGCGCCAAAAAGGUCAAGAAAUCCGUACAAUUUAUUGAAGGUGUGGAAACUGUAAAAGCCGAUUGUGCAAACAACAAGCUGACAAUAACGGGGAAAGUAGAUCCUGCUCAUAUCAAGGAGCGAGUGGAGUUCAGGACCAAGAAAACCGUGGAAAUUAUAUCUCCUAAACCCCAAAAGGAUGAGGGAGGUGCAAAGAAAGGCGAUGAAAAGCCACCGGAGCCAAAAUCUAACAAUGAGAAACCCAAAGAGCCUCAAUCGACUACUGUGGUGUUGAAGAUUUCAUUACAUUGUGAUGGCUGCUCACAAAAAAUUAAACGAAUCAUCUCAAAGUUCGAUGGGGUAGAAUCGGUAAAACCCGAUGGCAACAAGAAUUUGGUUACGGUGAAAGGAAAAAUGAAUAUGAAAGAACUUGUACCGUAUUUAAAAGACAAAUUGAAAAGAAAUGUCGAUGUUGUCCCUCCAAAAAAAGAAGAUGACAAGGAUGGUGAAAAAACCGCCACAAAGAAAGUUGAAGAAGGUGACGGUAAAAAAGAGAAAGCAGGAGACAACACUGAUGACGGUAAAAAAGAGAAAGAAGGCGACAACACUGUUGGCGAUAAAAAGAAAAAUGAUGUAGAAAAAGCCGUGGAUAAUAGUGGAGGAGACGAGAAAAAGAAAAACGAUACAGAAAAAGCCGUGGAUAGCAAAGAAGGAGACGAGAAAAAGAAAAAUGCCGAGGCAAAAGCCGCAACUGAUGAGAGUGAUAAAAAGAAGCCAGAUGAUGAUGCAAAAGCGAUCGGUGGUAGUGACGGGGGCAAAAAUAUAGACGUGAUAAAUAAAUUUGAAUAUUAUAGCCAUAACCCUUAUAUAUACACGAUGCCUGUGUAUAAUCAGACUUAUCAUAAUCAAGAUUAUGGUGUUUUGGGGUUUUCAACUCAUGGCUACGACAUUGAAGGUUAUGCUAAUCAUGGGUAUGCCAUGGAAUAUCAACAUCGACCUCUGCCUCCUCCUCCACCGAUGUUUCUUCACGAUCCCCGUCCUUCGGAAACUGAUUUAUUUAGUGCAGAAAACCCUAAUGCUUGUUCCAUCAUGUGAUUAAUUCACGACGUGAUCGGAGACUUGUAUUAUAAUGUUGCCAAUAAUAACAUGUAAUGCAAAAGAUUAUGUAUAAGAUGAGUAUGAUAUUAAUUGUAUAUUACACGUAUUAGUAAUAAAA